AAAGGAAACUUCAGCGCUCAUUAACCACAGAUUGAAAUAGUCACAGACUCACUCUUAUAACUUACCAAUGUGGGUGUUUAGGGUAGAGGAACACACACCCGCUGGCACGUAGACGGUCGAGUUCCUGUUCUCUUCUAAGAGAAACUGUGCUCACUUUGUGACAGAAGUCAGUGCCAAGAUGAAGGUGAUCAUCAGCUGCUGCCUGUUUGCCUUCCUCCUGAGCUGUAACCUCACUGCAGCAAUCAUCCAUAAAAUAGUCGAGCAGAAGGAAUCGAUCACUUUACCCUGUCCUCACCCUGUGGAUAAAGUGAAGUGGAGCAGAGAGAAGAAUGGAAAAAAAACUGACUUAAUGACUGUUGAGGGUGAAAAAGAGACAAAACACAUUUCAGACCCACAUAAACAUUACAGUUCAUUAGCAGAUAAAUCUCUAAUGAUACGAAGAGUAAUGUUCUCAGACAAUGGAAGAUAUUUGUGUAAUGAUGAAGCAGCUGUGGAUCUGACGGUGACCCCACCAGGAACAGUCGUUCACGAGGCAACAGAGAGGACCAGCGUCACUCUGAAAUGUCUUGAUGUUUCAGACGAUCAAAUAUGGUGGACAGAAGCUGGACCAAUACCAAAAGAAAGUCGGUUUGAGGUUUUUCGAUUGGACAAGACGUUGAUUAUCACAAACCUUCAGGCUGCUGACUCUGGACUUUACUCCUGCGAUGGAGAACCUGCUGCGUACCUGAACGUGAUCAGAGAUGAUGCGUCUGACAGAGGUCACAAGGCUAAAACCACUAAACCACCUACAAGACAAACAGCAGCAGCAACAACUGUUCCAUUAACAACAACGGCAAACAGUAACAUGGUAACGACAAAGAAAGAAAAGUCCAACAACGAAUCCACAGAAGACGAGGAUAAUAGUCACAAGGCUAAAAUCACUAAACCACCUACAAGACAAACAGCAGCAGCAACAACUGUUCCAUUAACAACAACGGCAAACAGUAACAUGGCAACAACAAAGAAAGAAAAGUCCAACAACGAAUCCACAGAUGAGGACAAUAAGAGAUUGAAGACACAAGAAACAACUUUAACGACAACUUUAAACUCAACACAAUCGACAGACUCAGACUCCAAAGACACUCCUGGUUUGGUGUUAUGGAUGUAUAUCUUCAUCACCGUCCUCAUCAUCAUCCUCAUCAUUAUCCUCAUCAUUAUAGUCACUGUCUAUUGUAAAAAAAGAAGAUUUAAAAAAGGAGGUAAAAAAGAAGAAGCUAUUUAUGAAGAAAUACCGGAUGCAUUGUUUCAGCCAAAAAAUGACAGAUUAAACCAAAAUGAUCCCACGUAUUCCACCAUCUCUGAGCUUCCUCUGAUGGAGAAGCCAACUGACACAAUUCUACCUAAUGAGUCCCCUUACUCCUGCAUCGGAGACACGUUAGGUAGAGAUUACACAGAUUUGACGCAGUCGAAUGAAAGCCCAUAUUUUUUACUGAAGGAACCUGAAACACCCGAGAACAACGACGACGUGACGUCUGCAGUUUGAGCGGAAAAUUCUUCAGUUGUCAAUAAAACCUGCUUCGUCAAGAAGAAGCCUUGUUUCCACUUGAGACUGUAAAUAAUAAAGUUUGAAGCCUGAGUGACCCGUCUGUUCCUGCAGGGGACACUGAAGUCCCAUC